AUGGUGGGUUCUAAAGAAGCAUAUCAACUUCAUGCUUUCUUCUUCCCACUAAUGGCUCAUGGCCAUUUGAUCCCAGCCAUAGCCAUGGCAAGGCUAUUCUCUAGCCGUGGUUUUAAGGUAACCAUAAUCACCACUCCCCUCAACGCACGCCUCUUCUCCCACACCAUCGAUGGUGAUAAACAAUUGGGUCUUGACAUCUCUUUUCAGCUCAUCCAAUUUCCUUCAGAAGAGGCUGGCUUACCACAAGGCUGUGAGAACGCAAGCUCCAUUCAUAAUUUUUCUGAUGUUGCCCCCAAAUUCUUCAAAGCUCUUGACUUGCUUCAACAACCCUUUGAGAAUCUUCUUCAAGAACAUCUCCCUGAUUUUGUAGUUGCAGACAUGUUCUUCCCCUGGGUUACAGAUGUUGCUGCCAAGUUUGGGAUACCCAGACUCAUUUUUCAUGGAACUGGUUUCUUCUCUCUCUGUGUCUCAGACAGCUUGAUUCGCUAUAAUCCACAUGGGAAUAUUAAGUCUGAGACUGAAAGAUUUGUGUUGCCGGGUCUUCCUGAUCAGAUAGAGCUGAUGAGGUCACAGCUGCCUGACCUCCAGAAAAUACCAAGCGAGCUGGGAAAGUUGUUUGAACGCGUUGGGGAAUCAGAGGGAAGGAGCUACGGAGUCUUGGUGAAUAGCUUCUAUGAAUUGGAGCCUGGUUAUGUGGAUCAUUACAGGAAAAUCAUGGGAAGGAAGGCAUGGCACAUUGGCCCUGUUUCACUCAGAAACAGAGAUAUUACAGAUAAAGAACAGAGGCACGGGUGCCUGAGUUGGCUUGAUUCAAAGAAACCCAAUUCAGUGCUUUAUGUGUGCUUUGGAAGUAUGGCACCUUUCACUGCCCAACAGCUGCUUGAGAUUGCUAUGGGGCUUGAGGCUUCUGGGCAACCAUUCAUUUGGGUUUUAAGGUUGAAGGGUGAGGAGGCUGAGCAGAGGAGCAGAAUGCCAGAUGGUUUUGAAGAGAGGAUUGAAGGGAGAGGUCUGAUAAUAAGGGAUUGGGCUCCUCAAGUUCUGAUCCUUGAUCAUCCAGCCGUGGGAGGAUUUAUGACCCAUUGUGGAUGGAAUUCGACUAUGGAAAGUGUGAGUGCAGGUGUGGCCAAGAUCACUUGGCCGAUGUUUGCAGAGCAAUUCCACAAUGAGAAGCUAGUGACCCAAGUGCUGAAGGUAGGAGUGAGUGUAGGGGCUCAAGACUAUCAAGAAGUUGUAGGGGAAAAGAGAGUAGUGAAGAGAGAAGACAUAAAGAAGGUUGUGCAGCAGUUGAUGGUUGGUGGAGAAGAAGCAGAACAGUUGAGGAGUCGAGCUAGGGAGCUCAAAGAGAUGGCGAGAACGGUUUUUGAAGAAGGAGGAUCUUCUUAUGCUGACUUGACAGCUUUGAUUGAGGAGAUGAGGUUGCAUCCACGGCCUAGAGUGUAGAAUCUAGAUUGA